GAGGAGGAAGGGGGGGAAUAAAAUGUAGCUUAUUAUUUCUUGGUCUUAUUCUUUUUUUGUUGCUGUCCUGUCUGUUCUUGGAAAAGGGAAAAAAAAAAGGACAGAUGAGAGAGCCAGGAGCGGCUGUCCGUCAAAAAUUAAAGGACCUUUGAAGAGGAUCAAGUUAACUUCCACCAAGGGAAAGGAUUAAAUCGACUGCUUUGCUCCUGCUAAAGGGAAGAGGACGGCAAAUUAAGGGGGCCUGCGGCCUAGAAUGAAAAGUUGCCCGGUGGAAAUCGAUGAAAAAAGAAAGACGGCGACGCUGAAGGGAAUAAAGCCCCGCGCACAUCGGCGAGAGAAACAACCGGCCGGAAAGGAUCGGCGAGGUGAGAAGGGGAACGGAGACGACCACCAAUGCCCGAAGGGAAGUUGGCGGCCUCCCCGGCCUCCCCACGCCAGAGCGAGGCCGAAGAGAGGCCGCCCCCGUGGCACGUGACGCCCAGGCGGCCCCUGAGGAGGACGGCCUCACAAAAUGGCGGCGGCGGCGGCGACGGCUUUCGAAUUCGCGCCUCCUCCUCCUCCUCCUUCAUCUCCCGGGGCGGCGGCGGCGGCGGUCGUCGUCGGGAAGUGAGGUUUUCUGAGGAAGUCGUCGAGCACUCGAUGUCCGGGGCUUCGCCGAGGCCUCACGGCUUGGAUAUGUCGGGAAGGCGGGUUACCAGGAAGGCUGCGAAAGAUGAGAGAGAUGCGGCGGCGGCGGCGGCUGCAGAAGAAGGGGAAGAAGGAGAAGGUAGCGUGGGGUUCCAACCGGAAUGGCUGGCCGAGAAGGAAGCAAGGACCGAGCAGCAGCAGCAGCCCAGAGAGGAGCUACUAGCUGGAUCUUUUAGAGAUUGUUCCUCAACUGAAGCCAGAAACAGAGCGUCCAGCAAAAAUUUUAAUGGCAAAAUGCAAACACAGACAGAAAAUACAGAUAACAUCAAAAUGUCGGGUGUCAUGCUCACUCGACCGCCUAUUAGGGCUUCAAGAGAAGGUAAUCUUUCCCUGCCCCAAACUCCUGAGCUCAAGAGAUCUUUGAGAGGUUCUUUUUCAGAUUCAGUGCAGAAUUUGGAAGAAUUAAGCCACAGAAAACAAGCAAAGGCUGACAUAAAAUUAGAGAAUCACAGAAUCACAAAGCGUGAAAAGCUUGAUGCUCUACAGAAGAAGAAACUACAGACUCCUUUAAAAAUUUCUAAACCUGAAAGAAGAUAUUCACUUACAGCUAUUGUGAUAUUUGUGGCAACUUGCAUUGCUGCUGGUGGAUGGUAUAUAUUUCGGCAUUCAUCAAUUCAUGUUUCGGAAAUCGAUGAUAAAGUUCUACAAGCUUUUAAAAACCAAAUGAAAGAGCUCAGGAACACCUACCCAAGUCAAGACACAAUAGUGUGGAACAGAAUCCAGAGUACUUUUGAGAAACGUCUAAAUUCUUCUCACCCUCAUUUGGAACCAGCUAUCUUAUUACUCACCGCUUCAAAAGAAGCUGAAGAUGUGUUGAAGUGUUUAAGCAACCAGAUUGCGGAUGCUUUCUCAUCUUCUCAAGGUGCACUUACAAUUAAAAUUGAUGGGGCCAGCACAAGAGCUGAAGAUAGUGAUGUUGUCAAACUUACUGUCGAUGAGAAGCUGAGCUCUGGUUUUGAGAAUGGUAACAAAGCAGCGGUAGUCCAUCGCUUUGACUCAUUACCCGCAGGUUCCACCCUGAUUUUUUACAAGUACUGUGACCAUGAAAAUGCAGCAUUUAAAGAUGUGGCUUUACUAUUGACCGUUCUUCUGGAUGGGGAGUCCCUGAAUAAGAGCUUUUCCUUGUUGGAAGUUGAGGAGAGAGUGAAAGAUUUCCUCUGGGCUAAAUUUACUAACACGGACGCACCAAAGUCUUAUAAUUACAUGGAUACAGAUAAGUUGAGUGGUUUGUGGAGUCGCAUAGCCCAUCUAGUCUUACCUAUAUGGCCAGAAAAUUUCCUCCCUCAGGAGAAAUGCUUGCAGAUGAAAUAACUUAAGGUAAAGGAGCAAGAAGAAAAUACAACACAACACAAAUGCAACACAACAUGUAUAAGUCUGUUAAUGUUUAUAUAAUGAGAAAAUUGCAAUUUACUAAUCAGAAUUACUGAAGUUAUAGGUCAUUCAAUAUCAAUAAGAGUUCUCCUUUAUAAGGAAGCUGGUAAUUUAUAAGAACUUUUAGACCUUUAACACAAUUCUAGUGAUUUAUUGGAAAUCAAGAUUCUCUACUAAGGGGAAAAUAUCUUAUUGCUCGGGCUCACCCAACUUUGUGUAAUAUGAUUUUUUUAAAGUAUCAAAAUCCUUUUGGAAAGUACUGUGAAUGUGGGCAACAAGGUAAGGAAUUGUAGUACUAGAUUCUAUCUUUCUUGCUUGAAGUUUAAUGGACUGCAAAGUUGAAGUUGAGACCAGGUGUUUUUAUAGCCUAAGAAUAAUUCUGUCUUACUCCAUUUCCCAAAACUGCAUUUUUUUUAAAAAAACUUGUAACUGUAGAUUCUGUAAGGUGUAAGCCUGUGUCAAUUCAAUGAUAAGACUGUUUUUCUCCUUUGAAAAUGGCCUGUAGCUAUGUAAUGCAGUCUGUAUGUUUUCAAAUAAUUAUAAUUGCAUCAAUCCAAAAACACAAGCCUCUUCAGUUUGUUCAGUUAGACUAUCACUAUUAGACAACUAGGAAGGAAGACAACUAGACUUCCUUCAGAUUUAUGAGAAAUUUAUGAGAUUAAUGAGAAACAGCAAAAGGAAAUACAAUCAGGAUCAAGAAAGAAAAAUAGAUGCAUUAUAUAUUAGCAAUUAUAAAAGAAAUCAAAUAUGAUAUACUUUAUAAACACUUUAUUACAAUAAUACCCCGUUUAUCUAACACUGGUAAAAGUGAGGGUUCCUUGGUGUUAACAUCAGUGCUACUGAUGAUGUUACCU